AUGGACUGCUCGCAUUACAUGAAAAACUUCAACGUUGGACACGUGCCAAUAAGGUCGGUCGCUUGGUUCGGUCGGUGCUCACUGAGUGCGAGCCUCACCUGAUUUUAAUGGUGAUGAUGAUACAGAACAUCGAUGCUAAGUAGAAUUAUAUACUGUAGAUGUCAUUCUGUUCGCCAUCAAGGACGAUCGAGGGCGAAUGACCCUGCUAAGGCUGACCCCCUCCAACGUGCUGAUUCUUACAGUAUACACCUGAACUGAAUACUACUGUACUAAUAAAAAAAAUAACCCAUAAACUACAGAUGAAAAUUAGCCAGCUGGCUAAAUCUGGCACAUUUACAGAAAUGUUGAUCAAUGUGGAUUGUCCCUAUGCACUGCUCUCAUAAUCCUUACUGCACUGAAAACACCAUCCUUAUCUCUUUCCCUUCCGUUCCCCGCCCUCUCUGGUCCCCGCCUCUCACUGUUCCCCGCUCUCCUGGUCCCCCGCCUCUCCUCUGUGUCCCCGCCUCUCCUCUGUGUCCCCGCCUCCCCCUGUGUCCCCGCCUCUCCUGUGUCCCCGCCUCUCCUCUGUGUCCCGCCUCCCCUCGGUCCCCCCCCUCCCCUCUGUGUCCCCCCCCUUUCCUCUGUGCCCCCCGUCUUCCGUGUCCCCCCUCCCUCUGGUCCCCGCCUCCCUCUGUGUCCCCCGCCUCUCCCUCUGCCCCCGCCUCCCCUCUGUCCCAACCUCUCCGGGGCCCCCCCUCUCCUUUUUCCCCGCCCCCUCUGGCCCCUGUUCCCCGCCUUCCUCGGUCCCCCCCCCGCCUUCCUCUGGGUCCCCCGCCUCUCCUCGUGUCCCCCCCUUCCUCGGGUUUUUCCCCCCCUCCCUUGUGUCCCCCCCUUUCCCCUCUGUGUCCCCCCUCUCUGUGCCCCCCGCCUCCCCUGUGUCCCCGCCUCUCCUCUGGUCCCCGCCCUCUCCUCUGGGUCUCCCCGCCUCUUCUCUCUGUGUCCCGCCUCUCCUGUGUCCCCGCCUCUCCUCUGUGUCCCCGCCUCUCCUCUGUGUCCCCGCUCUUAUGGUCCCGCCUCUCUGGUCCCGCCUCUCCUCGUGUUCCCGCCUCUCUCCUCUGUGUCCCAGCCUCUCCUUUGUCUUGUGUCCCGCCUCUCCUCUGUGUCCCGCCUAUCCUCUGUGUCCCCGCCUUCCUCUGUGUCCCCGCUCUCUCUGUCCCGCCUAUCACCCCGCCUCCUUGUCCCCGCCUCUCCUCUGUGCCCCCGCCUCUCCUCUGUGUCCCCGCCUCUCCUCUGUGUCCCCGCCUCUCCUCUGUGUCCCCGCCUCCUCUGUGUCCCCGCCUCUCCUCUGUGUCCCCGCCUCUCCUCUGGUCCCGCCUCUCCUCUGUGUCCCCGCCUCUCCUCUGUCCCCGCCUCUCCUCUGUGUCCCCGCCUCCUCUGUGUCCCCGCCUCUCCCAUUGUGGUGUGUGUGUCCGUGUUCCAGACUCCCCAGAGCCAAGCAUCUGCUCAACGUGAUAAAUGAGAACUUCGGGACGUUGGCGUUCUGCCGCCGCUGGUUGGACCGGCAGGGAGAGAGCAAGUACCUGAUGGCCCUGAAGAACCUGUGUGACCUGGGCAUCAUAGACCCGUACCCGCCGCUCUGCGACACCAAGGGCUCCUACACCGCCCAGUACGAACACACCAUCCUACUCAGGCCCACCUGUAAGGAAGUGGUGAGCAGGGGUGAUGACUACUGA